AUGUUUUCGAUUCAAACAAUCACUCAGAAGCCAUGGAGUAGUGUAUGCUUGCUAUACCCAAUCGUUUAUGUCAUCUCCAUUCCAUUUACCUUGGCAUUCAAAAGAUACAACUUGUACAUUGGCAAACUUUGGUUUGUUCAGUUUUUAGAGCAAUAUAUUGUCAGAAAAUAUAUGUUCCAUUGGUUUUCGGUAAUCUAUGUGGCCAAUUUGAUCAAGAUUGAAAAUGGACACGCUUCAAUACCCUUAAAGGAACCGUGGACCGUUAGCGCAAUAAAGAUCUAUUUUUAUAAUAUGAUUUGGUUGACACUUUUACUAGAGUGGUGUUUCGGGUCUCCUAUCUUUGAGAGGGUUAGCGUUGCCACUGGUGCGUAUUGUACCAUUCCGGAUAUAUACAGAGAAUAUAAGUGUGAUAAGGCAGGAGGUACCUGGGUGAAUGCGUUUGAUUCGUCGAGUCACUAUACCAUGCUAAUUUCAAACAGUCUCCUUGUUUGGCGAUUGAUUCUCCCUUACGUCGGGAUAUCACAGAACAUGUCAAGGUCAACGACAAUUGUUGAGGACGAUCUCGAAGCAGGUUGUGUGCAAGGUCCCAUCAAUAAUGAGGAUUAUUCAUCAAGGAGUGGACGCGGUUACGCUAUCUAUAAAAAGGCUGUUUUGCUGAUAUCAUUUUUAUUCCUCACCCUAUGGUUUAUUCUGUUCUGUAUCACUUCGGUAUUUUAUCACACGAUUGUUGAGAAGUUUGUCGGAAUGAUCUGUGCAAUGACUAUUCCAUUGCUUCUGCAAUAUGUAUAA